AUGGUGUCCGCCAUUUUAUCUAGGCAUAAAGGAAAGCUGUUUUUAGCGAUUAAUUUCCCCACUCACUCACACAAACUCUUUCUCUAUCCUUUAAUCUAUUUCUUUGUCACUUUCUUUCUGUUAGUCCUUCUCUCUUUCUCACUGUUUCUGUCUAUCAACCUUUAUUUCUCUCUCUCACUCGGUAUCUCUAUAUCACUUUCCUUUCUCGUUUAUCUCACUCUACACUUUUCUCUCUCUCUCACACUCUUAAUUUUGUGUUUCUUAGUUUCUUUCUUUCUUUCUUUCUCACAAGACCACUUUUUCUUACUUUCUUUCUCACUCACUUUUUUCCCGUUCCCUCACUCACGAGCACUCGCCUCCUUUCUUUUCUUUUUUUUUCUUUUUUUUUCUCCUUCCUCACACAAUAUCUCUCUUUCUUUCCACUUUCUACGUCUCUCUCUCACUUUCGAUUUGUCAGCAAGACUUGCCUUGCGUUUUCAAGCAGGCAAAAUCUCCUAUCUAUCUAUCUAUCUAUCUAUCUAUCUAUCUAUCUAUCUAUCUAUCUUCCUCAGUCUGUCAUUAUCUAUCUAUCUAUCUUCCUCGGUCUGUCAUUAUCUAUCUAUCUAUCUAUCUAUCUAUCUAUCUAUCUAUCUAUUCAGUUCUUAUUCAUAUCUAUCUAUCUAUCUAUCUAUCUAUCUAUCUAUCUAUCUAUCUGGCGUAGUUGAUUUAUCGCUAAACAAACAUCUAUCUAUCUGUCUAUUCCUUUCUUAUUCAUAUCUAUCUAUCUAUCUAUCUAUCUAUCUAUCUAUUCCGUUCUUAUUGAUAUCUAUCUAUCUAUCUAUCUAUCUAUCUAUCUAUCUGUCAAAGGUGAAAUUGCUGUGUAUGUGGGAACACUCUCCCGUGAGGUUGCCUCUGAUUGAGCAUGUGUCCCAAUGUCAUUUUCUGAUGGGUUAUUUUAUAAAACAUCGCGUCAACAAAUAUGGUUUCUUGCGAUUUCAGUUUUUUUUUUUUUUCACUCAGUUUUGA